AUGGAAACCAAAACAAUGAAAGCAAUUGGAGUUGCCAAGUAUGGCUCAGUCGACAAUCUCGAGUCCCGCGACGUUCCGCGACCGGGGAAGCCCCAAAGGAAUGGACGUUCUUGUGCAGUGAGUAUUCUCAUUCUAUGUACCGUUACAUUAAUUCUGACGUCACUUAGAGUCAAGGCCUGUUCUGUGAAUCCUAUCGACACGAAAGUUCGCAAAGGGACUUAUGAUGACGCUCCAGGUAAUGAUCCUGUUCCCUUCGUUUUUGGACUUUCAUACUUAUCGAAUAAAGACUACUAUAAGUUUGUGCCGAAGGAUUUCCAUAUCAUUGGAUUUGACGGUGCCGGAACUGUUUUGGAGGUUGGGCCUCAGUGUACGAAUUUCAAGCCUGGCGAUGAUAUUUUUUACGUUGCCUCCACUACUCGCCAAGGCAGUGCUGCAGAGUAUCUUCUCGUUGAUGAACGUCACUGUGCCGAGAAGCCGAAGUCGCUUGACUUCGUGGAAGCCGCUAGUAUGGGCCUGACCUUCGGUACGGCAUACCAGUCUCUUGUUGACAGGCUGGAGAUUAAGCAGAACGAAAAUGUUGGUAUUUUGAUUAUCAAUGGCGGAGGCGGAGUUGGAAGCGCUGCUAUCCAAAUCGCCAGGAAAGUUUUGCAACUUCCCGUGGUUAUUGCAACUGCAUCCCGACCUGAGACCAUGGAGUCAUGCAGGAAAAUGGGUGCCACCCAUGUUGUGAAUCAUAAGGUGGAUCUUGAGUCCCAAAUCAAAGCCUUGAAUCUGGAUGUCCCAAUCAGGUACGUCUAUGUGGUCGCAAGGACAGAGCAAUAUAUCUACGCCCUGGGCAAAAUUUGUGCACCCUUCGCCAAAGUUUGCUCAAUCGUGCAAGCCAAGUUCGAUCUCUAUGGGACCGAUUUUAUGUCAAAGUCAAUGACAUUCUCGUGGGACUGGUUAGGCUCAUCAGCCUAUCAUCGCACCAAUGUGGAGAACUAUCAGCGAAUCUUUAGGGCCUUGGCCCGUUAUAUAGAUGAGGGAAAGGUGGUACCAAACCUCAACAGACGUCUUAAGUUGAACCUUGCUGGGCUGAAGGAAGCUCAUCAGCUUAUUGAGUCCGCAACCACUGUGGGAAAACUUGCUCUAGGGGGUGGAUGA